AUGAGUCAUGGAAAUCUAAGAUGGUCCGUUGCCGUGACGGAAAAGGACGUAGCUAGGGACGACGAGUCCAGAUUCCAGAAUCCAAUUUUGAGCGCGCUGGACUCCAAAUUGGGCGGGUUAUUAACUGAAGCCUCGUUCGAAGAGGACUUCGCCGGAAAAGUUGGACAGUCAACGGUUCUCCGAAUUGCAGCUGGAAUUGGAUCCAAGAGAGUCGCCUUGCUUGGCCUCAGAGCUUCUGCUUCUGGUCCGGCCGCCUUUAAAGGCCUUGGUGAGGCUGUUGCUGCAGCUGCUAAGUCCGCUCAGGCUGUCCACGUCGCUGUCGUUUUAGCUUCUUCUUCUCAAGGACUCUCUUCCCUUAACACUGCCUUUGCAAUCGCCACUGGGACCGUUCUGGGAACAUUUGAGGAUACCAGGUACAAGACGGAGUCGAAGAAAUCGUUCCUUAAAUCAGUUGACAUUAUUGGUCUCGGAACUGGGCCUGAAGUGGAGAAGAAACUUAAGUAUGCAGGAGACGUUUCUUCUGGAGUCCUUCUUGGAAGGGAGCUUGUAAAUUCUCCACCUAAUAUUCUCACACCAGAGAUUAAUGCUUUGAAACAAGCCCACAGUGAAGAGGUCUCUACAUUAAGGGACGAGUUUCAAGAUAAGAUUGAUAGAUUGCAAAAUGCUUUUAAGACCGUAAUACAACAAUGCAAUCCUCAAAUUAAUGUAGAGUCAAUUGAAGAUUUGUUAGGAUUAUCUCAUGGAGAUGCUAAUAGUUCCCCAAAGAAUAUAAGACCGCAAAUGCAUUCAUCUACAUCAACUCAUGCUCCAUGUCAUGGAAAGGACGAUAUAAAUGAUGAAAUUCAAGAGGACGACAUAAAUGAUAAAAUUCAAGAGGACGACCUAAAUGAUAAAAUUCAAGAGGACGACGUAGAUGACGAAUUUCAAGAGGACGACAUAGAUCUAGAUGAUGAAUUUCAAGAGGAGGAUAUAGAAGGUGGAUUUCAAGAGGACGACGUAGAUGAAGAAUUUAUGGAGGAUGACAUAUCUAACGAAUUUCAAGAGGACGAUCUAGAUGCUUUACUCCUAGAAGACAAACUUGAAUGA